UGUCCAUUUGGUAGCUGACCAACAGUGAUGUGCCUGAGAGUUUGGGGCAUGAGCUGGAGAUAAAGCAAACAGUGCAGAGAUUAAAGUAGCUACAGGGAGAGACAAAGAAACUUACAGCCUACAGGAGAUGGAAAGAGGGACAGACAGAUAGAUAGAUAGAUAGAUAGAUAGAUAGAUAGAUAGAUUGUGGCAAAAUUAAAAGGCAGCAAGGUAGAAAGGUAAUACAAAAGAAGGGAGACAGCAUAUUGUGAGACCCAAGACAUUUAACAUCAGUUCGAUAUGAGCUCUUUAAUGGAACUGAGGGAGGAAGGAGAGGGAACCGUAAACAAGUAGAUUUAAUCUCCAGGAGAAGAGAUCAGGUUUUACCUUUGCUCACUGGAAAACAAAAGUUCUCAUCCUGGAAGACAAUUAGGAGUGGUGGAGAUGUCGCGCAGGAAGCAGAGAAAACCUCAACAGCUCAUUUCUGACUGUGAUAACUCUACCUCUUCAGAGAAUGGAGACACAGCUGGUGAAGAAGUUCAAGUCUGUAGGAAAUGUUGUGCACAGUUUGAUGAACCCUCUGACUUUGCCAGACACAAAGAAUAUUGCACUCUUGACAGCCAGGUUGUGGUGAUAGUUGAUAACCAAGAAGAACCUUUAAAGAAUCAACAGACUAUCAUCAGUGAGGGAGUCAAUUCAACACCAUCGAGCCCUGAUUGCAGAAGGACUGUACACAAAACACUGGUGACAGAACAUGACAGAGAUCCAAGUACAGGCAUAAUUGGUGCUACAAGACAGGAUCUGGGCAAGAAAGCAGUUGGUCUGUCUCAAGGUUUCCUUAUUCCCAAUGGGAGCUUGAUCAUGGAUGGGCUGUCUGGACCAAAAUUUGGACUGGCUCCAAUGAAUCAGGAAACUCUUUCUGGAGGCCAGGCAGCUGCAGCUCCUAUAAACAUCCCUAUGAUACUGGAAGAGCUUAGAGUUCUUCAACAGAGACAGAUUCAUCAGAUGCAAAUAACAGAGCAAAUUUGUCAACAGGUGCUCAUGUUGGGAUCACUUACUAUGCCCUCACUGAUUCAGAAUACAUCUCCAGCGGAAGGAACCAUAGGAAACAAGUCUCCAUCUGCCUUUAAUCCUCCCAAGCAAUCACAUUUGGCGGAGUCAGCCAAAACAUUUUGUGGAGAUGAUGCCUCCAAGCAGGCUCUUCUUCAUCUCUAUAAUCCUAUGGGACAAUCACUCAGUACCAGGACUAUUGCAAAUGGGAAGGACAAGUUGUUGGGUGGGUUCCCUGAGAAGCCUUCACCAGGACAAAAUUCUCUUCCAACCUCACCCCAGAACCAACUAUUAUCACCCCAUGCAAUAUUCCCUCCAAGUUUACCUACUUUGCAGACUGGUUUAUUUUUAGGAGCACGUGUACUGGAGACUGCCCCAAGCUUACUUAAACAAAAGAACAGUGAUUCUUUACGUGGAGAAAGCCAGCAAGAAAGAGCAUCAGGAAGGCACAAAUGUCGUUUUUGUGCAAAGGUCUUUGGUAGCGAUAGUGCCCUCCAGAUUCAUCUACGUUCUCACACUGGAGAAAGACCAUAUAAGUGUAAUAUCUGUGGAAACCGUUUUACUACUAGGGGCAAUCUGAAAGUGCAUUUUCACCGUCAUCGAGAGAAGUACCCUCACAUCCAAAUGAACCCACAUCCUGUGCCUGAACAUUUGGACUAUGUAUUGACCAGCACUGGUCUACCUUACGGCAUGUCAGUGCCUCCAGAGAAGGCAGAUGAAGAGACAGUAGACAAAAAGCCACUAGUAUCGCCAGUGUUGGCAACAGACAGUUUAAGUCUUUUCUCCACUUCAAGUAUCCAAGGACUCCCUUCACUUAACAGAAUGGUACUAAUGAAAACUGGUGAUGGUGUGCCUGCAUUAAAAGGUCCAAGUGGCUCUCCUAAGACAAAGAUAGAUGAAAACACUCCUCCUGGAGAAAGGUCAGAUAAUGGAGGAACUGGUGUUGGCAGCAGAGUGCAGCUGAGCAAGCUGGUCACAUCUCUUCCAAGUUGGGCGUUGCUAGCUAGCCAUUUUAAAUCUGGAGCAUUGCCUUUUCCUUACACUGUUGAGCCCUUAGGCUACUCAGAGACUUCAAAACUUCAACAGCUUGUAGAAAAAAUUGAUAAGCAAGCUACUGUACCCAAUCAGUGUGUAAUUUGUCUAAGGGUUCUUAGCUGUCCCAGGGCUUUAAGACUUCAUUACAAUCAACAUGGUGGAGAAAGACCCUUUAAGUGUAAAGUGUGUGGUCGAGCAUUUUCAACCAAGGGAAAUUUAAAGGCCCACUUUGUAGGGCAUAAAACCAGCUUAUCUUCAAAACCUCAGAACUCAUGUCCAAUAUGCCAGAAGAAAUUCACAAAUGCGGUGACACUCCAACAACAUAUAAGAAUGCAUUUAGGGGGUCAGAUACCUAAUGGGGAACUUACAGAAGUAGGAGAGGGCAAGACAGAAGUACAGCCUGCAAAACAUAAUGCAGAUUUCUCAGAUGAAGUUAGCACUGAUGUUGAUUCAUUAGAAGGCACUGAGUCAGAAAGUGAAAAGACAGCCCUUGUUGACACAGAAAUAUCCAGCUUGGAUGAUGAUGCUGCUGCAGGCUCAACAGACAAGAAAAAUGAUGAAAAUAAUAUAUCUUCUUUUGCCAGCAUUCAUCCUAUACCAUCUAUAGCUAAAGACACAUCAUCCCCAGAACCAAUUUCACCAACUGAGACCGUUCCACUACAAACAACUAAUCAACAAAUGAAUAAUGAAAAAGAAGACAAAAUGGAGACAGAGUCAAGUAUGUAUGAACAAAACAUAAAUACAAAAGAUUCAGUAGAUGAAAAUAAAACAGGAAAAAAAGAAGAUCUAGAAGCAAAGGUGACCAAUAUAUCUGAGGAAAGUCCACAAGAGAUGGAAGCCCACAUCUGCAACCUCUGUUCUGACAAGUUCUCAACUUAUGAGUCUCUAGAGGAUCAUGCUAAGUCACAUACCAAAGAUGGACUCUUCCACUGUCUCAUUUGCCAGCAGAGCUUCCUGGAGGUAUCCAUUCUGAAGAAACAUGUCCUGCAUGUACACCAGGUGAGCCAAAACUUCCCUUCUCAGCCGGUCAGCAGUCCCAAAUGCCCAGCUGGUGAUUUGCCAACUCUAACCCAAACAUUUCUUCUGAGCUCUGUGAAGAGUGAAGUGGUAAGCCCAUCACAGAAUUUGGCACUGGUUCAGUUUCCUCGGCUGCAGGUGCCCUCACAUGUCUCCCCUCCUUUGAGACGCAGCCCUAAACAGCACCUGUGCAUGGUAUGUAAGAAGACAUUCUCUUCAGCCAGUGCUUUACAGAUUCACGAGCGGAUACACACAGGAGAGAAGCCUUUUAUCUGCAAUAUGUGUGGAAGGGCAUUCACCACACGGGGGAAUUUAAAGGUCCAUAUGAGCACACAUGUGUGGAAUAGCACAUCAUCCAGAAGGGGAAGACGUCUUUCUUUGGAUAACAUUAGUCCUCUCCUGUCAGGAACUCCAGUAAAGCUGCAGGAAUUCUUAGCUAGAGAUAUACCUGCCCAGUUGGUUGGUGUUAGCCCAAUUUCAUUUUGGAACCAAUAUACUGCAUACCUUACUAGUGCCCCCCUCCCAGCAAAUGGUGGAACUGCAGCUGUCAUUUCAUCACCUGCUUUGAUUGGCUUGAGGACAUCCAAAGUAGGAAAUAUUCCUGUUGGAGGGUUAUUGGAAAUCCAGGAACCAGCAGUAGGCACUGUUGAAACUCUUCAUGAGAGUCCGAUUAAGGAAGAGAAGUAGAAUGUGGUAGACGAGAAACUAUUUUAAAAAUAUAUAUAGUUGUUCCUUACAAUGGUUUUCACACCCUUGGCCAAGUCUCUUAAUAACAAAUCCUACGCUAUUUUUUUACAUUGAUAUUGUUUAAAAAAGUCUAAAGAAAAAUAAAAAGGAAUAAAAGAAAUAUGUUAUUAACAUAAGCACCACACCUAUAUUGUAAAGCUAAGUUUUUAGACAGUUAAGUCUUAAAAGUCUUAAGGGAUUAUGUAAUAAAAAAGCACUAAGUUUGUCCAGGAGUACUCAUAGCAACAAAUAAGCAGGUAGCAUUUGCUGGUCACCUGUUUAAAAGCAAGAAUCUUAUUGGUUGAUAUGGGUUACUGCUCCUGGGCAAAAUGAGUCUUUUAUUAAGUCUAUGCAAUAAGUUGGAAAUAAAUCUAAGACAGUGGGAAUAAAUCUAACAUGGUGCACAACACAAAACACCACAUCCAUGGUAUAGUGCAGAUCUAGACUGGGUUUCAAAAUAGGCCCUGGCAUUUCAAGUACCCAAACAGCCCCCAUCGACUCAAUAAAUAGUGCCUAUAUAUGGAAUUUUACAGUAGCAUUUGCCAGAAUGCACAGAUUACAGUGUGGACCUGGUAAACUGUUAUCUACCAUCACUAUACUUAUAAAUAUUGUCAUGAGGCUACUUUUCAUUCAGAAGUGAAUGGAAAUAUUUUAUUACAUUUAUCUUACAUUUAUCAGUUUAGGAUUUGUUAUUUAGAAAAUUGGUCUGGGGGUCUCAAUACUUUUAUGUUGACACAGCAUUCCACUGGAGGGAUUGAAGUAUCUAAUUUAGCUUGACUAUUUUACUCCUUCUGUGAAGCUCCACAUUCUCUUUUCUUUCCCCCAGUACACAGAGCAGAUCUGUACUAUUGCCUAAACACUCUAAUAAUUAUUAAUAAAAAUAUGUUCGGCAAAUGCCAAUGUAAAAUACUUCUAAUUUCGGAAAUUCAGUCACUUGAGCCACAUGAACUUACUGCUUUUUGAGAAUUAUUAACUGCAAAGAAAUUAAUGGAAAAACACAUGGCAGACAAUGGAUUUUGUGAAAGACAAUUGAAGGAGAGACAAUAAAUAGGAAUCAGCAACAACAUUCUUUAUUGUUAAAAGAAGAUUUGGCCCUGCAGACAACUUGGGUUUGUUAUGGUACUGUGGUGCUCAUUUCAUAAUGGAAAGGAUCUUGUAAUGAAUACUCAGUUUGUAUAAUUAUUUUUGCUUUCAAAUCAGCCAUUUAAGUUUAUAAAAUAAAUGCAACUACAUGUCUUGUGUUAGGUAUAAAGCUGUUUUAAUUUUAAUUAUCUUCCUCCUUAUUGUAAUAUUACUCUCUGUGUCAUUGCUAUAGUUGUUCUCCCAUAUUAACAACCUUAUGCACUGUAUCACUUUCAUUUUUUUCCAUUCCUUUAUACUUCAAUGUAUAUUAUAGCAAUUUAGAAACCCAACAGAAAGCACAGUAUUCACCCACCAGUGACAGAAUAUGAUCUAACCUUGUAUGCAGUAUAAUAGGGACACAUGCCUCCAAGAUGAUCCAACUGAAACAAUUCAUUUCUUGUAAAACCACUACAUGUUUUGACCUGCAAGGACCUUUUAUCAAUGGGUUGUGGUCCUGUGCAUUAGGCUGUGGUAGAGUAAAACAAAACUUUAAAACUGUAGCCUUUUGCUAAAAUAUUUGUUUUAAAUAAAUGUGAGGUAAACCAA